AUGCGCAUCGUAGCGAUGUUAACCGUGAAAGAUCUUCCGCGCGAGUUCACUCUGACUCAAAUCAAGGACCUGAUCAAAGACGGUCACGCCUUAUACGAGCCCAACGACUACGGGCAGGUUACGGAUGUUGGCAACGAUCUCUUUGUGAAGUACGGUAGUCGUAUUCUGAAGACCGAAGCCCUCGCCAUGGAGCUCGUGAGGACGCGUACGAACUUGCCCGUUCCGGGUUUGCUAGCGUAUAUCAGUGAUGAAGGCGACGACGCUACGGAAAGGCCGAGAUGCGGGUAUCUGGUCAUGAAGAAGCUGCCUGGCAUACGCCUCGAUCGUGCACUCGAAGGCAUGGACAAGGCCGCGGAAGACAUUGUUGCACAGGGCAUUCGUCACGUACUGUCUGAGCUCCGCUCCCUGGAUGACCCUGGGCGCUGGGGACACGUCGGGAAGAAUGGCGCGCUGCACGGAGGAGAGUUCAAGUUCCGUCUGAGCUCAGAUGACCCCAAGAUAUGUCGACCUUCUUCAAUGCAAGACCUUCUCGACUUUACAAUCGCAGCGACAGGAAUGGAGAAGUUGGAGAGCUUCCUUCAGCACCCUAAUCUUAAAGCACGCCAGGAAGCCCAACGUUGCAUCACCAUGCUCGCGUCCAUCGACAUGUCCCGUCCGUCGGUCUUCUCGCACGGCGACCUCCGCCCGGAGAACAUCCUCGUUGACCCCGAGACUUACGCCAUUACCGGCAUCAUAGACUGGGAGUUGGCCGGCUGGUACCCAUAUUUCUGGAACUACAGCAUCGCUGAGUUCUACCAAGACCAAGCACGCUUCCGCGCGCCCGCAACUAUUCCGAUCUGGGAGAGGAUCUACAAGUCCGCCAUGCCAGACUACGAACGGGAGUCUCAAUCCUUCGGCUUUCUUUUGACGGACAUCGCCUUCAGAGGACAAGACUGGGGAUGGCUCAACCUCCCGUGCGAUUGCUGCAAAGACUGA